AUGGCGCUCUCCUGCAGUGCGCUGCGCUCCCUGUCCCCGCAGGUGAAGGUUCUGAUGGAGGACGGCAACUCGGAUCUGGGCGCGCGCGACCGAUGGUCUCUGGAUCCGCUGGACGAAGCCAUGCGCGAGCGCCGCGAGCCCGUCGUCAAAUACCUGCAGGACAACGGCGCCCUCGUCGGCGGCAUGUGA